AUGAAGUCUGUUAUCGGUCUUGCCCUUCUUUCCGUUGCCUUUGCGGCUCCCUAUGAUGGCUCCAACGCUGCCGCUCUUGAGAAACGUCAGUUCGAUCUCGAUGCCUUCUUCGACUCGCUCAGCUCUCUCAUCGGCCAGUUGCCCAUCCCUACUCAGUCCAUGACGGAUAUCCUGACUUUCUCGACUUCUGUCUCUGGUACGCCCACUGAGGUCACCGCUGCCACAACCACGUCUGAUGCCUUCGAUGGCGGCCUUCCUUUUGACAAGCGCCAGUCUCCUAGCGAUCUUGAGGCGAUCAUCUCUUCUCUUAGCGCUCUCAUAUCUCCUGCCACAACCACCACGGAACCCAUUGGUUGCGCCACUGAUGUUGUUGGUGUCCCUACCACUGUCAACGGCGUUCCUACUGAGGUCUCAAGCGUUGCUGCUGUUCCUACUACUCCCGCUGUCGCUCCCUCGGCGCCAAAUCCUGGUGCCCCUGCCCCCGCUGUUCCUGGCGGUGUUUAA